AGUAGUUCAAAUGUACUGUCAGAAGUGUCAGAUAUCAAACUGAUAAAAUGUAGUUAUAUUUCUUUUACACAUUCGACGAAACUGGUGGACGUUUAGUAUUAGUAAAGUAUUAUUAUAAAAAAGAAUAUAAAAAAUACCCAAAAGCGCAUUUCUAUACUUUUUACUGUAAAUACCAUUACACUUAACUGUAUGCUCAAAAAUGCUGUGUUACCUAUAAACGAAGAAGAGAAAAGUUAUGUUAAACAUUACAUAUAUUUCGUAUUAUUUACUAGUUGUGUAUAUAAAUAAAAGCUAAAAAAAAUAUAAUUCAAUAUGGUUUGUAAAGACACAUUAAAAAUUAAAAAUUUGCCCAAAGAACUUUCCGAUGCACAUAAAGAAGACUUCGCUAGACAUUUUGGGGCUUCAAAAAUAAAAGUUAUCACUUCUAGAGUAAAGGAAAAGUCAGUAGUAUAUGCAAAAUUUGACUCUGAAGAAUUAGCUAAGAGUGUCAUGUUUAGACUUCAUCAGAUUUCAGUAUUGAACUGUCGAUUAUGUGUUGAAUAUGCUGAAAAUGAUUUGUUACAAGGAAAGCCGAAACAAAAAAGAAUUGAAGAGGCUGAUAUUACUAGUAAAAAGUCUUUUAAAACUUUUCUGAACAAAUUAACCUCUUUUAAUGAUAGUGUUGGUUUCCAUCAGCCACCACCUUCACAUUUGAAAUAUUUAUAUCCUAAAGCAAAUAGGGCUACAAUUAAUAACAUUGCUCAUGCUUUGUCAACUAUUCCUAGAUUCUACACUCAAGUGCUACAUUUGAUGAACAGAAUGAACUUACCACCACCUUUUGCUGUUGAACAACCACCAGUACGAACUAUAACACCUUCUCAGCAUCCAGUAAUACAAAAACUUCCUGAAAAAGUGAAUUCUGCUCCUCCAGUUGAAAAACCAAUUCCAGUUUCCACUACACACCAACCUGAAACUCAGCAGAAAAGUUCUUCAGAAUCAGAAUUGGAAAGUGAUAAUGAAGAUACAUUCAGAAAUAGGGAAUACACACCAUUAAAAAGGAAAGCAACACAAACAAAGGCUGUGAAGAGGCCAAAGUUUAUAAAACCACCGGUGGUACAAUCCACAUCCAGCUCAACAAAACUAGUAGAAAAACCAGAAAAUGUAUUUGAAAAGAUAGAUGUCCAAGAGAAAAGGAAAAUUGAAGUUAAAGUCUCAAGUGAAGCACUUGUUUCACAAGCGAAGAAAGAAGAAAAAACAGGUUCAUUCGGCAUUUUUCUUCCUCUUGUAAAACCAGAUAUUGAAAAGUCACCUUCACCUGAUAAACCACAAGAAGAACACAAAGAGAAAACUGAAAGAGAAGCAAUAACAGCCGAAGAACUUGCAGCAAAUCAGAUUCCACACAAGGAUUUAGGAGUUUUGCCAGUUUUUAAAAAUUAUCAUCCAGGAGCACCAACUUGUCGACUCUAUAUAAAAAAUUGUGCAAAAACAGUUGUUACAAAGGACUUGGAAUACAUAUAUAACAGGUAUAGGAUUCCCGAAGGAGAAAAUACAAGUCAAUUUGAUAUUAGAUUGAUGCAAGAAGGAAGGAUGAAAGGACAAGCAUUUGUUACUUUAGACAGCAUCGAACUUGCGCAAAAGGCCGUCAAAGAAACCAACGGUUAUAUUUUGAAAGACAAGCCGUUAGUUGUAGUUUUUGCAAGAAGUGCUGCUGCUCAGAAAAAAUAAAUCCAUUGUUCCUAGUGGAGAUUUCAUUAGUAAAAUCAGUUGAUUGACGGCAAUUAGUUGUAUCAUGUCAUGUUUAUCUGAAUCAGGAUCUUUCAAAAUAAAAUAUUUAAGUUUA